AAAUAAUUGAGGCAAUAAUGUCAAUUAUGUUCACUCUUAAAUUAAGAUUAAAAUAGAUAGUAUUCUAGCUUCGAUUAUCUCCUAUUAAUGAGAUAAUAAUUCGAAAACAAAUACUAUUAUACGUUUUAUUGUAUUAUAUAAAAAAGUUAAAAUGUAUGAUAAGAAAAUUCUAAACUUGGGGAUAUCUGAGAAUUCGAAUAGAUAAGGAGAGUUAAUGAGGAAGAGUAGAGAAUAGAUACGAACAAUAAAGAUAGAGGAAGAAGAUAAGAAAUGUAGAUUUAAAAAUCUGAAUAAACAGAUGUAUGAUAUUGAAUGAUUUAGAAUACUAAUAAAAUCUUGAAAUAUAUAUUUUAUUUAAAUAUCA